UAAGAUCUUACACGCCCCAGUGCAAAAAGAAAAAUUAAGUUUAAACAUGGGAGAGAGUGGGGAGUGCUAGGAAAAUAAAAGAUCUGAGCUUUAAAAAAAAGAUAGUAGACCUGCUUCUACAGUUUGUGUUUUUAUUUUAUGCUUUAUUUAUACGCUGCUAAAACACAAACAGGUUUAGGCGUCCAGAGUAAAAGUGUACGCAGAGUUGCAGAGGCUGGUUUUCUGCUCUAAAGCAACCCAGUAUGUAACAUAUAUAACCCUAAUCCUGGACAGGUCGCCAGUCCAUCACAGGGCUGUCUGGGGUUACAAAUGGAGUAAAAUGAAAAGAAUGGACACAUUCUAGCACAGUUGCCCGGUAUAGCCUGAACGCUCUGCUCUUCCAGACUACGAUAAAUACUGAAAAGUCUGAAAUAUUGGUCAAAUAUAAACAUCUAUCCUGAAGUAGUUAUCUCCUGAUAACAACGUAUAUCUGAUACCAUCACGCACCAUCGUUUAGCUGUGAAUGAAUGGUGUAACACAAUCAAGCAAGGCUGGAAUCAGCUAAGUUAGUUGCCUGUGCACAUUGUAGCCCCUCUCGCUCUUUGUGUUGAGCCCUAGCAUGCAUAAACAACAUAAAAGGGGGCCAUGCAGUCAUGGUACCAAGUGACAGGCUCUCACAAGGGCUGCCAACUCCACACACAAUGGCUUCCGUUGUGUUAUGCACGUUCACAUGCUAUAAGCGCAGUCAUAAUGCUCUCUCUUCAUCCCCUUCUGACCCCUGCACACUGUAGUGCGCAGCUUAGCGUUCCCCAGUCUGCAGCCCUCACUAGUGCACACUUUCUCCCCUUUCACCCUCCCCAUCAUGCCACACACAAGAUGGAAAAAACACUCAGAGGCUACGCCAAAGGCAAAUAGCAUAAAAGAGAGUGAGUAUGUCAUGAAGUGUAGAAGUGUAGUUGAAUUGUUAGAACAGCCAGAGUUGCGUAGUUUAGUAGAAGAUAGACAUGUUGUGUUUCUUAGAAGUGGCUGUAUUAUUAAAGCAAGUGUGGUUAGUUUUAUUUAGGAGUUACCUGAAGCGAAUAAUGGGAUUAUAAAAUAUUUGGGAUUCUUUUGAUCUCUGAAUGUCCACAGAAGCACAGGUUGAUGAAGAAACAGCGUUAGAACUUGAGCAUGCCGAGAGCGCCUCCUUUGGUGAGGAGGAUGAGUGCGAGGGGUCCGUGGAUUCUGCAGAAACACAUGGAGAGGCUUCACCACUGUCUGCUCCCGCUGAGGCAAAUGGGCAGUGCGGAGGAGCUACAUCUCCAACAGCUCAAGCCAGGACUGACAGUGAUGCUGAGAAACGGACACCCAAAACACCUCCUGCCAAAACUAGACCCUCUUCCCUAAAGAAACCUUCCACCAUUGUGAAAAAAUCCAAAGUUUCCUCCUCCACUAGCUCUCCCUCAACACCUGUAAGUGCCGUGCUCAGAGAAACGCAGCCAAGGACUCCAGGUAGUGGCAGGCCUCAUGCUGCUGGCACUAAGAUUCCUGCAAUGACCCCGCCUCAGUCAGUGAAAGUGGAUCCGAAGAAACCAGUGAAGAAUGGAAAAGACUCCCCUAAGACCCCUGAGGCCAGUGGGCAGAGCAGUCCUGGCACCCCAAAAUCCCCCUCUAGCAAGGCUCUUGGUGGAAAACCGCCAGCAGGGAAGGACAUGAAGAAGGUAGCGGUGAUCCGCUCCACCCCCAAGUCUCCCGGCUCCCUAAAGAACCGCUCGCCAGCCCCACUAGUUGCUGCGGCCACACCCAUGCCUGAUCUGAAGAACGUGCGCUCCAAGAUUGGCUCCACUGAAAACAUCAAGCACCAGCCUGGAGGAGGCCGGGUCCAAAUACUUGAUCAGAAGCUGGACUUUAGUAAUGUUCAGUCUAAGUGCGGCUCCAAAGACAAUUUGAAACAUGUACCUGGAGGUGGAAAAGUCCAGAUUCUGGACAAGAAGGUGGACUUCAGCAGCGUUCAGUCUAGGUGUGGAUCUAAAGACAACCUUAAGCAUGUUCCUGGAGGAGGAAAGGUUCAAAUUCUCGAUCAGAAGUUGGACUUAAGUACUGUUCAAUCUAGGUGUGAUUCCAAAGGCAAUAUGAAACACACACCCGGAGGUGGAAAAGUCCAGAUUUUUCACAAAAAGCUUGACUUGAGCAAUGUGCAGUCAAAAUGUGGCUCAAAAGACAACAUCCACCACAAGCCAGGUGGAGGAAACAUUGAAAUCAGGUCAGAGAAGCUGGAUUUCAAGGCUCAGUCGAAGGUCGGCUCUCUAGACAACAUUGGACAUGUGGCUGGAGGCGGCCAGAGGAAGAUUGAGACGCACAAGCUGAUGUUCCGCGAGCAGGCGAGGGCGCGGACGGACCACGGAGCUGAGAUCAUCUCUCUGGAAGAGUCUCCCCAGCAGCUCAGCACCGUCUCCUCCUCUGGCAGCAUAAACAUGGCCGACCCUCCGCAGCUGUCCACCCUCGCGGACCAGGUGACCGCCUCGCUGGCCAAGCAGGGCUUGUGAUCCCCCUCCCCAAGUCCCAUCUCCUCAAUUCCAAAACACACCCGUUACAGUAAACGUACGGAUAUACAGGUCAUCUCCCCUACUUCAUCACUAAAGGACGUCACUUCACGGCCACGCCCAUGCCAAGUAGCCCCGCCCAUCACUGUUAAGAUUUUCUAACGUCGUUUAUAAUAAGCCUGCGAGUGUUCUUAGAGUCACCUGUCCAGGGCUGCUGAAAGUGUCCACUUAACUGUACCCCCUAGAAAUCUCUCCCCAGUAUAUCCUUCCUUUGAUAUAUGUAGACAUAUUUUCAGAAACAGUGCUACAUAUUUGUACGGUUUUUACCUACACCUUAGAUAUGAUAGCCUAAAAUCAUCAAAAUCAUGUUUGUUAUGUAUGAAGUGUUGUUUAAAAGCUCCCCACUUUACGGAACAUAUGGAAUUGCAUUGUGAAGAUGGAUUAGUAGCUGAAAUGGUGAGAUUUGUUCCCGGAAGAACAAGCUACCUUUAGAUAUUCGUCCCAGUUUUAAUAAACGUGAAGUAUUAAUAAGAAAAAGAAAAGGAAAACAUGGCUGUGUAAUGAUGAGCCUACUUAGAGAGCCUCAUUUCAAAACAAGCUAAAUCAUCUGCGAUACUUUCCGCAAAACCGAGCGAGAUUUGGUGGGCUUCGUAAAGGACACGUGGUGUUUGUCAGGCACUUUUCUUACAGUAUUAUUCUGUGGAUAUGAGAUGUAUUUGAUAUGAAAUAUGCCUGCUGGCAGUCCUUUGUAGAUGCCGCUCCUACUUUUCCGUUUGCUUUACUGCUAACAGAUUAAUCACGUUCCGUGUAUCUCGACCACUGACAUGCAGCGUUCUCACCCUAACACUGUCGUAGCUGAACCUCUGGGGACGAGGGUGUCGGUGUAGAAGGUGAAACCUUUGGUUGAAAAGCCUUCUCGAUGAACUUGUUGUGGCCACAUGAAUCUUUACAGUCCCGAAUAAGCUGCUGUUUAUUCUUUAGAACUAUGUGCUUUGGUGGUGAGUCAGUCGUAGGAGUUAAUUACGUUGUGUUGUCGAGUCGUGAAUGCAGUUGGAGUAGAUGCCAAGCGUAUAUCUAGGAGCUAUGAUUUGAUCCAAUAAUCUGCCAAAAGUGUUAUUUCUUUUCACUCUUUGUGCUUAGUCCACGCGCCCUUAUGAAGUGAUAUGAGAAGUAUUCAUUGAGUUAUUGCCAAACGAUUCUCCUCAAGGUCGAAUCGCGGUCGGCUCUGCCGUGGCUCGACGUCGUGUAUCUUGUAUUGUCCUUAUGAUCCAUUACGUUGCAUGGAAAUUUGCAUUUCUUUUAACCGUCUUGACUCAACAUGCAGCUACGCUCUAAAAAGUAGGGGUGGGCGUGGUUAUUCGAAUAAGCUCGUCUUCGUCUUCGUUUAUGUAAUCGGUUAUGCAAAUAAGGCAUGUGGAACAAAAUGAAACGUCUCAAGUUUUAACUGCACGCAAAACACGAACGUUAAACCUUCGUCGUUUAUUCGUAGCAGUAUCAGAUUUGUCCCCAUUGGGGUCACGAAUACUGUUGGUUUAAAAACGCAGAUAUUCGAAUAGCGAAACCUGUAAAGUGCUCAUCCCUACAGCGUCAUUUUACGCCGCCUGGCUGUUCGACUCUUCUGAAAACAUGCGCCGAUUUCUCCGCUGCGCUGCGCGGUCCAGCUCGCUCUAUAAGCUCCCUGCAUGCGUUUCACACGAGCGACUGCGGUUCCCUUUUCUUCCUGCACCGUCCUGUUUUUUCACGGUAUUAUCCUGUAAUCUGGAUUGUGCUUUUUUAGCAUAUCUAUAGCAGAGGAAGGGAACUCACUGUCCAACAUGUACCCCCCACUUUUCUAUGUGACGGAGAAGGAGCUGUGUAGAUAGCGGUAGUAUAUAAUGUAUGUGUGCUAUAUGUUUAUGACUCAUCUCGAUCUAUUUGCCAAGGAACAUGAGGGCUGAGAAGAAAAAAAAACAUAGCAGAGCAGUUUCAGCGGUUGUACUCGCACCACGAUAAUCUGCAUGCUCAAGUCGUUUGGUCAUCUUCGUUUCUCUUUUUCGUUUUUUGUUUUCUACACGGAUCGGCAGUGCGUUUCUGAAUGUUUUCCUUGGACGGGGUUUGUGUUCUGUAUGUGGUAUGAAGGGGCAGGGACGGGUUUUUGUCUCGGGUGGAAGACGUCGCGUACGAGAGCGUGUCCAGGGAAGGGCUUCGUGAUCCAGAAGUGACCUUGUGAGGAAUUAUUAUGAGCGUAGCGUCCAGUCACUGACCCCGAGGCUGGACUGAGGAGGGUUUGCCAUCCUGUUGUCACUGACACCAUUCACCUGUUUGUACGUUUUAGCUUGGGAAUUGUGAUUGUAAAUAUUGUUCUAGUGUGUUUUAUUAAUAACUGAUUCUUGUUCAUGUACAUGUGAAUUUGGAAAUAAAGGAUAUAAAGGAUAA